AUGUUGAUCAUAGACAAGCAGCACCUUCUCAACAAUCCUGCAGACCGUGAUCACUGCAUGCGGAAUAUGGUCGCACUUACACUCCUGAAGGGUGCUUGGCCGGAGGCGGACGACUAUGCCGAUGAAUGUCGAUGGGCGAAAGAUCCUGAGGUCUACAAAUUGCGCAGCAGGACAACUAUGGAGGAAGAUCCGCAGAUGACCGCAAGGUACUACGACUUUGAGCUACGAUCGGCAGCCAGUGGCCUGACAGUGUCAUUGGAGGACGGGAGUGACGGGACUGUUUUUGACGAGGUCGUUGUUGAGGUCACCCUGACCGAGAAGAUACCGCCGACCUUGUCAAGGCAAAAUUCAUCCGAUUGA